GAUAACGCCCGAGGGCCACGGCCGCAGGCGGAGCAGCUGGGCGCGAUGUCGGCGUCCCCCGGAGGGACCUCGGCCUCUGCGGCUGAAGCACUGUCGCCCAGGCUGGCAGCGCACACCCCGGAGCCCGGCCGGGACAGCAGAACUGGUCGCCUCUCAUUCUGUACUAAGAUGUGCUAUGGCAUUGGCGGGAUCCCCAACCAGGUGGCCUCCAGCGCCAUAGCCUUUUAUCUGCAGCUCUUCCUGCUGGAUGUGGCACAGAUCCCUGCUGCCCAGGUGUCACUUGUCCUGUUUGGAGGGAAGGUGUCUGGGGCAGCUGCUGACCCUGUGGCUGGGUUCUUCAUCAACAGAAGCAGGAGGACAGGGUCUGGACGACUCAUGCCCUGGGUGCUGGGCUGCACGCCCUUCAUUUCCUUGGCUUACUUCUUCCUGUGGUUCCUGCCCCCCUUCACCAACCUGCGAGGUCUUUGGUACAUGACCUUCUACUGCCUGUUCCAGGCCCUGGCCACGGUGAGCAGGUGGCCCCUCUUCCUGAGCUUAGACCCCUGGGAUCCUAUUGCUGGCCACUCUGAACGAGACUCCGCCACCGCGUACCGGAUAACCAUGGAGAUGGCAGGAACGCUAAUGGGAGCCGCAGUCCACGGGCUCAUCGUGUCGGGUGCCCACGGGUCCCACAAGUGUAAGGACAUCGCGCUCCCGGACCCGGUCGCCAUCACGCCCGAAGCCACUCGUCUCUACACCAUUGCAGCCGCCGUGGUUGCCGUGACUUACCCUGUGUGCAUUGGUUUGCUCCGCCUGGGGGUGACGGAGCAACCAGAGCCCUCUACCCCAGCCUCUAGCCAGGGCCCAAGCUUCCUGGCUGGGCUGGGCCUCACUGUCCGGCACCCGCCCUACCUGAAGCUGGUUAUCUCCUUCCUGUUCAUCUCAGCAGCCAUUCAGGUGGAGCAGAGCUACCUGGUCCUGUUCUGUACACAUGCCUCCCAGCUACACGACCAUGUCCAGAGCCUGGUGCUAACCAUCCUGGUCUCAGCUGUGCUGAGCACCCCGCUGUGGGAGUGGGUCCUACAGCGAUUUGGGAAGCGGAUGUCAGCCUUCGGGAUCUGUGUGAUGGUGCCUUUUGUAAUCCUGUUGGCUGUUGUGCCCACGGCACCCGUGGCGUACGUCGUGGCCUUUGUAUCUGGCCUGAGCAUUGCCGUGUCCUUGCUGCUACCCUGGUCCAUGCUUCCGGAUGUGGUGGAUGACUUCCAGCUGCAGCACCAGCACGGCCCGGGCAUGGAGACCAUCUUCUAUUCGUCCUACGUCUUCUUCACCAAGCUUUCAGGCGCAGGCGCCCUGGGCAUCUCCAUGCUCAGUCUGGAGUUUGUAGGGUAUACGGCAGGAGUGUGCAAGCAGGCAGAGCAGGUGGUGGUGACCCUCAAGGUCCUCAUUGGUGCCGUGCCCACCUGCAUGAUCCUCACCGGUCUUUGCAUCCUUAUGGUUGGCCCUACUCCAAAAGUGCCAAGUCCGGACACCUCCCGCCGGCUGAGCCUUCGGAGGAGGACCAGCUACAGCCUGGCUUGAAGUUUGAGACUUCUGUGAGCUGGAACAGCAGGAGCCAGAGUCUCCUGGUCUCGAAGCCCCCUUUUCUUUUCAGUUGUUUAGCACCCCUACUUUGCAGCUUACACAGGACCUUUUCUCUGGGAUAUGGUCUUCAAGGACCUCUCUAGAAGGGACUGGCCUGGGCUCCACCUGUCAUUUCUUGCCUGUUGACCACAGACCAUCUCACAUAGGCCUGUGGCCCUGACUCUCAGCUCCAGGCAACCUCUGACCUGGAAGCAUCCCAACAGCAGCUGCUCCUGGAAAAAGCAAGCCCUUUCCAGCCUGGCCUGCAGACGCCCCGUGGGAGCAUCAGAAGCCUGCUGACCUGACAGAACAGACACACGGACCUCUUGCUCCUCCUGACUCUCCAGUGGAUAGGAGAGAGGCUGACAAAUGGGCAGAGUGGGGACGGUAUGUCACAAAUGCACAUACUGGGAUGUCCAGUUAGGAGAGACACAGACAGAUGUAGUGAGGCCACCAGACCCCAGGGGCAGUGUAUGGGGUUGAGAAGACUGAGCAAAGCGUGACAGGUUUCUCUAGCCUUUCCCUGUGUUUAGAUAGGUUGGCGACACUCUUUACAGAAGUGGACACAGCCUGCUCUCAGGCCACCAAAGAACAAUAAUUUUUAUGAAUACUACUUAUUUUCGUGGAAAUAUUCUUCUGAAAUUUUAUCUCCUAAAAGCACAGGAACCAGUUUUCUAGAGGCUAUGUCUUUGGGGAAAAAAGAUCCGCUGAGAUUUAUUUUUUCAAAAACGAAUGAAAGGGUUUAUCUUCUACUGAGUCUGUGAAAUGUGAUUGUGGCCAACUGCUCAUCCCACCUCCAGGGAAACUUGUCCUAGGGGUGGGGUGGGGGUUGCUGAUGUUAAUAACCUAGCUAUGCCCCCUUAGCCUUAUAUCUCUGACUCUCUAGUUCCUCAGAUGAGCCAGAGAUGCCACGUGGGAGUGGGUUCUUACUUUCCUUUACAAGAAACAAAGUUGGCACUCUAGAGCAGGCCACGGUGGCUCAUGUGGGCAGAGGCCUGUAGAGGCUGUUGGGGAACCCAUGGGGGCCCUGAGCAACUCCCCCUAGGGAACCUAAAGUGGGGGGUCAGGAGGUACAGACUUGCAUCUAGUCCCCAGCUCUGUCCCCACCAUGGGGUCAGCUCUCCAGAGCCCAUCUCCCAGGACCAGGCUCCCUUCCACUUCCUCUUCAGACCUUUGGCCACCUCUUCGGUCCCAGACUCAGACCAAAGAUUGCCAGAGCUCACUCACAUGCAGGCAGGACGUGCUUCUCGGAGCUUAGAGCGUUUUGCUUCCUUCACAAAUACUGUGACACAAGAGGGAACCAGACCUCAGAGUGGGAGUGCAGAGUGUGACCUGGUGUGUGUGAUGCCUGAACUCUGGGGCCCUUGCGACACCGACAUGCGUAGCUGAUCCUUGUGGCCAACAGGCACCAGAGAAAGAACUGGGCUCAGCUUCUCUUCACUGCCUGUCCCAUUCAGGAAGGGGCAGACAGGAAGCUGAGCCUGCCCCCUGCUGUGCACAUAUACACAAGCAGGCGUGUGCCCACACACAGAACGGUUUCUCAGCACUGGAAAUUCAUGCUGCCCGUCUGGAGAGUUCCUGGUGAGACAGAAGGCAGGGUGAAGUCUCUACUACGUCAUCAUGUUAGGUCCUGCUUUGGAAACCUGGGUAAGGCAGGUAGGAUCAGAAGCUUGUGCCAGAUUUUAUGUCACCUGUAUUUCCCGGGGGUGCAGUCUCAAGUUGCAGAGUUAUAUAGUACAGAGACAGUAGCGGGGGACCCUCUCUGGGGGUCAAGGAUGAGAUCUCAGAGAUAGGAGGCCAUUGUGGGCUGGCCAAAAGGUAUCAACCCUCCUAUUUUGUCCUCACAGCAACCCUAUGAAGCAGGUACUAUUAUUCUCAUCUUCAGAUGAGGAAAAGGCUUUAAGAGCUUAAGCAACUCGCCUAAGGUCAGUUGUUGGUGUAAACAGUCUGUAACUCAAGUCAGCCGACUCCAAAGCUUGGAGAGAGAGCCAGUGCUUAAAGCACUAGUUGGAGGAACGGCCGAUCCCCCGGCUUUGGUAUCACCAGGAUGACUCCUCCUCUGAAACCAGUCGCAGCAUC